GAUAACUUACUGAUAUCCCUGUGAUUAAUUAAUAGUUUAUCUUUUUUAUAUUUUGUCCGUUAGAAUAUAACAUAAUAUAAUAGUUAUUGGGAUCAUAACCAUUGAAUUUUCUGUCGAUUUUAUUCUAUUUUAGUAGCCUGCAGGUUAUUUUGUUGAAUACAACUUAUUAAAGUUAAAACCCACAAUUAAUGUAUUUUUGUCGCUUCGAUACUCCAUAGUUCAUAGUCCAUAUUUCAUACUUCAUUUUCAUUCGUGGUUCGUUCGUCUUUCGUUUUCUUCACACAAUUCAAAAUUUCAACUAUUUCAGUACACGAAGCACGCUACCACACAAUAAACUAUUCGUAUUGUAUUAAACUUUUUUCCGUUAUAUAGCGCUAGUAAAAACUUACAACAUGUCUUCAAAUACUUUUCGUGUUCGUAAAUUGACUUCCAUAAACAACGAGAACCCUAUAAAAAAUAUAAAGAAUAGUUUAGCAACAAAUCGCAAGAAAACUGCUUUGAAAGUGUUAACAAACACAGUACAGUCAACCAAAAAAUCUGAUGGUAAAGGUCUUAAACAAUUGAAGGUAUUGCCCAUGAAAAAUUUUGAAACAGAAAUAAAAUGUAAAUCUCCGUUACAAGAUUUUACCUAUGAUCAAGAUGAAGAGUUUGAUCAUUAUGACUGUACAACACUGGAAAAUGAUGCCCUGCCUUCAAGUAUGACUUGUAACAUAGGAAUGCUAAGUGAUUUUUUUAGUUGCAAUAAUAAUGACCCAAGGGAUUUUUUUCUUGAAGACUAUCAUUCAAUAAUGAUUGAACAAAUCAAAAAUCAAUUUGAUAAUUUUGGAGAACCAGAAGUCGAAUACUCCUUUCCUUCAUUGCCAGUUAUGGAUUUUCCAGAAAUCAUUUUUUAAAGAUUUAAGAGUGGGUUUUAAUUUUUUAUAUGUAUUUAUUUAAAUCUUAAUGGUUUUGUUCACAUAAUUUAUCAAUAUGAUUUAUGUAAGUUUUUAUAUCUGUUAAAUGUAUAUAUUACGAUAUAAAUGACUAAGGAUUAUUUUCCUGUAUUAAUAAUUUUAAAGGCUGCUUCUAUAGAAAAUAUAGUUGUCAUAAUAUGUAAGUCAUUAAUCUGAAGAUGAAGAAUAAAAAAAAAUAUUAAUAAACAUACCUUGUAAUUAUUGAA